UUCGAAAUAGUUUUUGACGGUUACUUCCCUUAUAUCAAAUUUGGCCAUGACCGAAAUAUAAAUAAACAAAUAUCCAGGUAAAACGGAAACAUGUCAACAGGUCCGAAGCUUCACGAAAUGCUCAAUGGGGUUUCUUGGCUAGUGGGAAAAUGGCGAUCCGAAUCCGGCGUAGGCUAUUACCCAACGAUCAAAGACUUCACGUAUGGAGAAGAAGUUGAGUUUUCACACGUUGGUCAACCUAAUUUGCAAUUCAGCUGUUAUUCUUGGAAAGUACCUGAACAAAAGCCUCUGCAUAGAGAACUGGGCUUUUUGAGGGUCAAACCAAAUAGCGAUCAAGUUGCCCUAGUCAUCUCCGAGAACACAGGCGUUUGCGAGGUACAGGAAGGCACCGUUAAAGGUCAAGAGAUCCAGGUGGAAACACAUACUGUUGGAAGGCUUACGUUUGGGAAGCCACCAGCUGUGAAGAAGGUGAAGCGAACAUUUCGAAGGGACGGCGAUACCCUACAACAGAUACUAGAAAUGGAAACUGAAAACACGCCCAUGUGUGAACACCUUAAAAUCACGUACAACAAGGUCUAGGGCCUGACUAAUGCCAUGGUUGCGACCGUAUCAGACAGCUGAAUGUUAACGCUAUUAUUACAACAUGUACGUAAUGGAUACCGCAAUCACGUUAUAUUUGUGUAUAUAUUGCAUUUUAUAUUUAUGGUGAAAAUAUAUGAGAUGUGUUUAUAUAUGUGUACUGGUUAAAGACACAAUAACAGUAUUGCCUUUGUCAUCAUAUUGUUAACAUUGUCCAAUGCAUAUCUCGCCGAACAAGCUAGCUCAGUCUGAUAGUUAGGUUCAAAUGCCUUUUUUAUACAAAGAACAAUCGUUGUUAAAUUUGAGUGUUGUGUCGGUAAAAAGUGUGCUAUUAUGAUUCUUUUUUUUAAAGGGUUGUGUUUUUUAUAUUCUGUUUACGCUAAUUUGGACUUUGCCUUACUGUACUGUUAUAUGUUUACGCACUUAAUAUUCAUUAUGUGAAACGAAAUAAAUAGGAAAAUAGCGUA